AUGCCCCGGAAGGACUUCCAGAGAGAUCUCACCGAAGUCUGCCUUCCGGGUACCUUUCCGCGGGUGUCUGACGUCAGAUCCGGAAGCGAAGAUGGAUCGAUCUACUUUACCUACACCCCUCUAGCUGGCGAUUAUCAUUCGGUUGACGUUGAAGUCUCCGUUCCAGACACCGCGAAAUACCCCAAGGAUCACCAUUACUUCGUGUUCACGGUCUCAGAAAAUGUCCCCCAAUCUGUCUCGCGUAUUUUGGAGGACUCACUGCCCACUUUCCACGGUCUCCCUCUAGGGGACUUCCUGGAGACGGUCUCGGAAUGCUUGGACAAGGCAACUUCGCCUGAUGGCAGUGUGUCGGACUCAGUGCUACUGGACAGCAAUCCUAGUGAUACUGAGGAAGAAAACGACCCGAUGGACUGGGAGGAUGAGGAGGAAGAUAUCGAAGUAGCGUUCAAAGUAGGAGAGUCAAUCCCCGGCAUACACGAUUGUAUCCGCUCCGACCUUCGCAAAGCACGCCAGGCUGGCUUCCGGGUGGGCAUCCUGGGUGAGCUGGAUGGGGCUGUCAUUUUAUCUGCCUCCCGCCGAAUCUCGAAGCUGGGAAUCUCCAAUGAAGCUAUGGAAGCUUGGGGUGUCCGUCCUACUGAUUACCUUGUUCUUCUUGUUCGUUAUCCGUACGGUUACCGCCGCUUACCAGAUGUGGUACUCUCUGCAGGAACCAGCUCGACGAUUCAGUUGUACGUUGGGGUCUGUGAGCAAUACAAACCUAGUUUGAACUCGGCCCGUCACGUAUUCACGACUGGGGUAGUGCCUGGGUUGGAAGAUACAGAUAAAGUGGACAUGGAGCCGGCAUUAGGGUCUAUCCUUAUUGGAAAGUCUCUUCAGUCGUUACUAAAGGAUCGGUUUACAAUGAUUCUCAAAUACCGGUUGGAGAAUGGCUUUUCAUGGACGGGGGCAGAGCUAUACUUGAACGAUGGCCAAGGAAGACUAUUGCAUGCCUAUGAAAAGAGCCACUCAAAAUACUUUGAGCCGGAGACCUGGCGUGUGCCACCACCUGAUUUCUUGAAGGACGAUCAUCUCGCACAAGGUGGGCCGCCGUCUGAGAUGUCUUUGCUUCUGAUCGCUAUGCAGUUCACGCUUCGCCGUUUUGUGAAAUGCACCGAGUUCUGCCUCAACUGUUAUUGCAAGAUCGACGCUGGGUUCGAGGCUCUCAAGCCGUUUGUGUGCUCAAACGGACUGUGCUUGUAUCAGUACAUGUCUUUGGGGAUGGGACCCAGUCUGGAAUGGGAAAUAUCAUCACAACCAUACGUGGCCGACCUGCUUAUAAGUUUUGCCUAUACCAGAAUCGCGGGAAACAAACUCCAAAAUUUUCCAACUGGUUUCCCGCUGAAGGUUCCUCAUCCAGGUCGAACUGCAAUUAAUCCCGCCAAUUUCUCUUCCACUGCCUAUCGUGGGAAACUCUCGUAUGACGCACUGGGAUCGCGCCUUUGUAUUUACAGCAGUUGUGAUAUCAGGGUAGGCGAUUGGAUCGUAAUUCUGGUGGAUUAUGUGACCUCUGAUCAAGCCGAGAUACGGAAUAGGCAAGAAUUGCAUGCGCGUGUGAAGAAUACCGCGGAUAAGUCGAAUGUCGUCCUUGGGGACCUGAUUGUUUGCGGGCAGCGGCAAAGUUUCUUUCAGUUACUAAAAGAUGCCCAAGACGGACCGGUGCACUUUGUGAUCUAUGAUACGGAUCUUGCUUCCCUUCCUGACGUUCCAAGGACAAAUGCAUUGAUGGACCUUUUGGGCACACUGCCUACCGUAUCAGAAAUGAAAGCCUGGAUUGACCAGAAGAAAGGCGGUCAUCUUAGACCCCUUUCCGAGUGGCACGAUAGGAUACACAUGUCGGCUCUGUAUGUGCUCCAAUGGAUUAUCGGAUCCAACCGCUCAGUUAUAUUGUUUGACGAUGACCCGCAAAACCAAGUGUUGGGCAUGGAAUCAUACAUGCAGUUCAGGUUCGCCCAAGGUGCCCCAGACAAGGAGCAGCGGUUUGUGAAGGCCGUAAACACAACUGCUUCGCGAUUAAACCUACAGUACUCAACGCUCUUCGCCUGGCAUGGAAGCCUCUUGUAUAACUGGCACAGCAUCGUUAGGGAGGGCCUCCAUUACAGGAACACCAUGAACGGCCGAAGCUAUGGACAUGGAAUAUACAUGACUCCAAACUUUAAUACUUCGAUUGGCUAUUGUAGGAACUACAGGGAUGGAGGGGCAGUAUCAAUUUACUGGCCUAAGAGCGAGUUGAAUUGCACAAUGGCUAUAUCCUUGAACGAGGUGGUCAACGCCCCGGCCGAGUUCACGUCAAGGGAUCCUCACUAUGUGGUGCAGCAUGUGGACUGGGUCCAGCCUAGAUAUCUUUUCAUUGAUUGCGGGCAGUCCAUGCUGGACCGGGUCAAGCGACAGAAGUUCGAGAAAUUAACCCACGUUUAUGCGCAGGAUCCUGACCGUAAAGUCUUCGGACCCAGAGGGGCUCUAACUAUCCCGAUUUCCGCCACAAACAGUCACCGGUCUAGGGAUUCGCUAGAGGCACCCUCGAGUGAUGACUCCAAGUCCGUCAUCAAGAAUGGGAAACGGAAAAAGUCCAGUGUCGAUCACGAUGCACCCGAAGAUGACGAUGAUGCGGCCAGCGUGACAACCCUCCCAGAGGACCGGCAGGUGUUGCUAUCCGACGACGAGUCAACCCCCCGUAAGCAAAGCAAGCUGUCAGUCACCUCUUUCCAGCCGAACACCCUCGAUAUAUCUUCCAUCCAGCUACUUGGCGAGCCAGCGUACGCAACAUCACGGGCAACGAAGACCCUUCAAAAGGUGCUCCGCCAGGCCCUCGACACACAGGACAAACAACCGUUACACGAACUAGGCUGGUACAUCAACGCCAACCACAUUGACAACGUCUACCAAUGGAUCGUCGAACUCCAUAGUUUCGACAAGAACCUCCAAAUGGCGCGUGACCUCGAAAAUGCCGGGCUGAACAGCAUCGUCAUGGAAAUGCGCUUCCCCCCUGAGUUCCCCUUGUCGCCGCCAUUCCUUCGAAUCAUCAAACCGCGUUUCGUCAGAUUCACCGAGGGCGGCGGCGGACACAUCACCGCAGGCGGUGCAAUGUGCAUGGAACUCCUCACGACGUCGGGCUGGCUCCCUGCGUUCUCGAUCGAGAGUGUCCUCUUGCAGGUUCGACUGGCUAUCACGAAUGAAUUGCCCCGGCCAGCUAGAUUGGAUUUUAACUCUAGACGCACGGAGUAUGCGAUUGGGGAGGCUAUUCAUGAGUACAAGAGAGUGUGUAUUGCUCAUAACUGGGCGAUUCCGAAGGAUCUUGACAAGAUUGGGUGGUAG